AUGGGUAAGACGUUGGGAAGUAGAAGGAUGAAGACAAUCCUCCUAUACCUAUGCCUUGCGAGCACAUCUUAUGCAGUACCGCUGCGCAAACCCCGCAGAGCAGGAUUUGGGAGUAAGAGUGAAGAAAUGAUGCAGUAUGGUCCAUAUGCCUAUAUGAACUCACCACAACUGACUCAGUUGGCACCUUUCUUAUAUGGCUAUCGCCCGAGUUACCCACAGUUGUUCCCUCAGCCUCUGCAGAGGUUUUUCUUAUGGCCACAACAAACACCGGUACAUCAAGCUGCUAGGCUGCCCCAGCGCAAGCCCCACCAAGCUCCAGUGGCCAGGCAGCCCAUCCACAGGCCACAGUGGAGGCCACAGACGCCACACAAGCCAAUACAGCAGCAGCCACACCCGAAAACACAGCUGCCUCCGCAGAAGCCUCCAAAUGUCAGUCCUCCUCAGACUCACCAUCAAGUGCCGGUACAUCAAUCCAAGGGGGUCAAGCAGCAACAACCUCCGAUAUUGUUCCCAAAUCAGCAACAUCUCUGGCAUUUUCCACAGUUUUUCAAUCAAGGAGGCUUCCACCCACAACCAUUUGGCCCAUUUCAAGGGCGUAUGCCUGUUGGAUUUGGACGGCCACCAGUCAGCAAUGAAGAAGGGACUCCAUACUAUGGAUUUGGCUAUCCAGGACUGGGCGGCAGACUUCCCUAUAAUUCUGAAGAGUUUGAACAAGACUAUGAGAAGCCCAAAGAAAAAGAAGCCCCCAAAACAGAAAGCCCGACAGCUGAUCCUGCCACCAAUGCAACAGACACAAAUUCAACUCUUUCCAAUCCAUCCGGCCAGGCAGGGAAUGCUACCAAUUCUGGGCUCAGUAUAACAGACAACAGGGCCAACGCUCCAAACCUUGAAAGAGGAUUGCUUAUUGGAAAUGGGGUCCCAACACUACCACCUACACUUCAGGUCUCAAACGGUGAUGCAGCAGCCCAGAAUGGCAUGGAUCAAUCCAUUCAUAGGGCUAGCUCUCCAAAUAUCAACCACAUCAUUCAAAACUUGCCUUCAGAUAAGCAACAAGCCACAGGAAAUAGUUUGCAUGUGUACAAGCCUUAUCCAGGUAUGGAUGAUUCAAGGCACAACACUUACAUUUCUAGAGGGAAUCCCUCUAGACAUCCCGAAAACCCAACCUAUCCAUCCAGUUAUGGAGAGAGCACCAAUCAGAGAGGCAAUCUUCAGAACAUAAACAAUAACAAUCCAUCAACUCAUGCGGACACUAGACCUAACGCUAGACCUAACUCAUACGGACAACAACAGUAUCCCCAUUACCCAGAGAGAAACCCAUUGGACCAAAGACAAAUAUUACCUUUUCCUAGCUCCGCUCCACAAAGCCAGUGGAAUAAUGAUCAAGUCUACAGGGAUAAUGGCCUUAACAGUUUCCCACCUGAAGGCCGUUCCACGGAUCUACAGUUCAAUACAUUAGGACAAGCUGAGAAACCCUAUAAUAUCAGGAAAGACAAAGAUCAGUUCCAGCCUUCUGGAAUGCACCAAAUGACCUCACUUUCCCCUCAAGGAGUAUUUUCACCCACAAAAAGAACUUUGUCUGAGAUAGAAACUCCCCAGUAUCACUGGAAGGAGCAAGGCUUUAAUCUUCCAGUUCAUAACAGAGAACACUUCCCACCUCCACGAAACCCUGUAUGGAACAAACAGGAGGACAUGCAAGUCUUCCAAGAUGAUCCUCCAAGAUAUAACUUAAGGCAUUCACCAGGUUAUUUCGGCCAGAGGGAACGUAUUUCCUACACUGAAAAGAGUUCCUAUGACCAACCUCCCCAUUCCUUUUAUCCUGAUACAUGGGAGGGGAGAGAAAACUCUCCCACGCUUGGCCCAGCUAGCCAAAGGGAACACCCUUUAUACUCUCCAGGUUUGCCUUCAAAUCAGAUGAAAGGAAACUCUUACCAUAGAAGUGAUUCUUUUGAUCAGCAGGAGCGUGAAAUGUACCCAAGGCAAACUCCAUGGGCCCAUGAAAAACGUUUGCUAGACCAAGAUAGAGAGUAUAGGAACCCUCCCUAUAGUCCAACUCAGCAGCAAGCCUAUCCAAAGUAUCUCCCAGAAAAUGCAUCCAGUCAAAGAAGAGGUAAUGUACCAUACAAGGAAAUUAACCCAUGGAUCCCAGAAGAACAUUCCCCACCAUAUGCUGCAGAAUACUUGAGGCAAAGAGAAAAUAUCCCUUACCAAAGGAACAAUGCAUUUGGACACAGAGAGAGGAAUUUCCAGGAUGAAAGAGCAAACUCUCCACCACAAAGCAUCACACUUCUUCAAGGAGGAUCACAGUACUCAGAAAGAGACACCUGGGGCCCUCACAGGAUGGGGCCUUCCAUUCAGAAAGAAGCUUCGCCUUAUUUUAAAAGCUAUUCCCCAGAUUUCAGAAGAAACCCAACACAUAUGGAAGACACAGAGGGUGCUCACAUUUCCAAUGUUAACGUUGCAGAAAGAAGAGAUUAUCCUGACAGACUGGGGUACCUUGAUGACUACCCAAGAGAGCACAGAACAAUAACUUCAUAUCCAACCGCCAAUCGUUUGUGCUGUGCGCUCGAUUCCCCGGUGCCAAGAGAAAACUCUUUGGCUCCACUCAGAAGUGCUCCUCAGUUCAGGCUUGCAUCAUGGGAACAAAGAGGAAGUUCACUGUAUCCAGAAGCCGCAGGUGGCCACCCUAAGCAAGCUAGCCGUAUACUAUACCUAUCUGGUAUGCAAUCUUCACUGGACACUGAAAAAAGCCCACCUAAUCAACGAGAAAAUCUGGAUGUGUUUGGAGAGGAUGUGGCUGGUCUGGAGAAGGUCCCACCCUGCUCCAAAUCACAGCUAGGCCAACAGAGUGGGCAUGAAGUCAACUAUGAAACUGGAUUAACACCAACUAGGAAUACACCUUGUUAUGGAAGAAGCAUUCGAGGGGAUGGGCACAGUAUCCUCGAACGGAUCGUUCAACCCGAAAGACAGCACGAAAGGGCAGCUGCGGUCAAGCUUGUUCCUGAAAAAGGCCCACCAGUGCAAGGGAUCAAAAGUGCAGCUCUCAAUAGCGAAGGUGAACAGCAGGCAGUGCUUGGGUUCAAGAGGAUCCCAUGUCUGGUAAACCGGUUAAAGCAGUAUUUAUCCAGCACAGGAGCUCCCUCUGGUGACAAACAACAAGAUCUAUUUUAUGCAGAGGAUCCCACUCUUAUUGGAAAAUCGUUCAUUGUAUUGCCCGAAGCGCAACCCCUGUCUAGCACUAAUCCUUCCUAUGACACAGAAGAGAAACCAUUAACACCUAGUUCUCCUGGACAGGAGUUGUCUGAUCAACCAAAUGAAAAGACAUCAGACUGUUUACUGCUCCAAAAAUAA